CCCAGGUGCCCAGAGCCAACUCCGGGCGCACCUCCCCGCCGCGAUGCGCCCCCCGAUGCCGCCCACCCCGCUCCUGGCGGCCGUCCUGGGCUUGCUCCUCGCCGGCCCCGCCACCCCGGCGCGCCUCGGCUCCAACCAGCUCUCCAAGCUAGGCAGCUUUUCGUGGGACAAUUGUGACAAAUGGAAGGACCCUGCAGUGAUUCAGAGCCUCACGCUGGAACCGGACCCCAUCGUUGUUCCUGGAAACGUGACCGUGAGCGUCCAGGGGAAGACCCAAGUCCCCCUCAGCUCCCCUCAAAAGGUGGAAUUGACCGUGGAGAAGGAAGUGGCCGGUUUCUGGGUGAAGAUCCCCUGUGUGGAGCAGCUGGGCAGCUGUACUUAUGAGAAUGUCUGCGAAAUGCUUGAUAAUUACAUCCCCCCAGGACAAACCUGCCCAGAGCCCCUGUACACCUACGGCCUUCCCUGCCACUGUCCCUUUAAAGAAGGUACCUACUCGCUGCCUUCCUCUGAUUUCACGCUGCCCGACCUGGAGCUGCCCAGCUGGCUCAGUACGGGGAACUACCGGGUACAGAGCAUCCUGAGCAGCAGAGGGGAGCGUCUGGCCUGCAUCAAGAUCGCCGUGUCCCUAAGGGGCAAAUAACAUGGCGCCCGCCACCACAGGAAGGAAGGGGUGCUGAACCCGGUGCUCCCCGUUUGGUAUUCCCCCUCUUCCUGCCUCUUAACAUCCACAGUCGAGGCCAGGGCCCUGGCCACAGGAAGGGUGUGGCAUUUUUGAGGACCUCUGGAGACAUCUGAUCUGCCUGUCACUUUCCCCCAUGGCCCCUCAUACCAUGGACUUGUGCGCUCUCUCUCUCUCUCUCUCUCUUUCCCUUUUUUCUGCCAGUCCUGAGGUUUGAACUCAGGGCCUGGGC